AUGAAUGGACGAGAUAAGAACAUGGAACGACUUCGCUUAGGGGAGAUCAUCCAUCGACUAACAGUCAACAAGAAUGAACUGUUCCGCAAGUGGCAUGACAGGAUCCCGAUACCCACCAGUACCUUAAACGAAAACUUCUACCGCUUCAUCGUGGACGAUAGAGUUUACCGUUAUCUGCACCCAGCUCUUCGAUAUUUUGCAAGCGCCUGGCAACGCUAUACGAAGCUAGUUCGGGAUGGCUUUGCUUUAACAGGCCCUUCAUGCUUCAAGAUCUGGCGAGCUUCGUACACGUAUGAAAUGAGACCUGCAGAGAUCAUCAAGUGCUACAUAUCCGAUAUGCAAGAGAUCAUACCAGAGAUCGAACCUGAUGAUACUGUUGUGGUAUACCAAAAGUUCAUGAGUGUUGCUAUGAUUAUCAUGGCAGGGAUUUCAGACUAUUCUCUAGUAUCACUCAUUCUCCUCAACGUCGCCUUGGCUAUUGGGGUGUCCCAGGAGGACACUAAACAUUGUAUGCAAAACUUUCAGAUAAAGAGCCGUGGCCGGGUAUUCGUCACAGUUUCCAUUCUAUACCUACGGGGCGAUCAUGUCGAGGGCCAGGGGCACCUUAAUAUUCUCCCUGUCACUCUACUCUCGUGCUACCAACCUAUACUACUCCCCAGUAACUCAACCAGCCUAGCCACCCAGCCCAGCCACCCAGCCACCCAGCCCAGCCGCCCAGCCACCCAGCCCAGCCCAGCCAACCAGCCCAGCCCAGCCCAGCCCAGCCAACCAGCCCAGCCCAGCCCAGCCCAGCCAAGCCAGCCCAGCUAG